AACCAAUUCAACCAACAACAGCAAUCUACUGCAAAGUCCCCAGGUCUGUUACUCCAGCAAUAUGUCGAAAGCAGCAGUAACACAAGUGGUGAAAAUCCUGGUACCAGCAGGCAAGGCCACCCCAUCACCGCCCGUCGGUCCGGCAUUAGGAGCCCGAGGUGUCAAAGCCAUGGAUUUUUGUAAAGAAUUCAACGCCCGGACGGCUCACCUAAAACCUACUGUCCCUGUACCGACGAGCAUAACUAUCAAUCCGGAUCGAACCUUUUCCUUCUCCUUCCGAACCCCACCCGUCGCCCACCUCCUCCGCACCGCAGCCUCGAUCGACAAGGGCUCCACCGCACCUCCUUCUCAUACCUCUCGGACGCUCCGAGCGGCAACUUCAGGAUCCACAGCAGGCGGACAAGCUCCGGCUUCCGUAGCAGCCAAGGGGGGCGCCACGAGCGUACCCGGGGGAGGGUUCGUAGGCAAGGUCUCCGUCAAGCAGGUCUAUGAGAUUGCUAAGAUCAAGAUGGAGGACGAGGAUUUGAAGGUCUUGGGUCUAGAGCGGGUGGCGAGGAGUGUGGUAGGGAGUGCGAGGAGUAUGGGGUUGGAGGUCGUACCAUGAGAGGCGGUACAAUGGGGAUAUAGAGAAGGUCGAAGAUGGUCAAGAGAGAAAGAGAGAGAAAGACUCAUCAAGCUAGGGUGAUUUGUACGAUAGAGUGUAAUGCACAGCGCCCACAUCAUCUUCAUCGCAUUGCUAGAUAAGGUACCACCUCAUCAUCUCAUUGCGUCUGUGAGCUUGCUGUGGUCGUGUAGGCGGUCAAGGUCGAUCGACUCGUCUGAAGGGCGAAGCGGGAUCAUCGCUGCAGGUGUUCGCGCUCACGACCAACUUACCGAGCUCGAGCAUAUUCAUAACCUCGAGUCAUGCGCGAGUCACCAAUCC